AUGCGCGGUUUGACCAAUGAUGGGACAUACUGCAGCAUCAACAGUGUUGUCCAGUGUCUGUACCAGACACGUGAGCUACAAGAUGCAAUACGAGACGUUGACGAUCGGGACUGUAGUAGAGCUUCUAAUAGAGUGGCCGUGAUGCUCAAGCGUCUCAUCCAAGAGAUGACAAAAGACAACCACUUACCGUGCAACGCAAGCUUUCUCGUACAUGCGAUGAGUGCAUACAAUGGAGUGUCGUACGAUGCCCAGGAGGACUCAGACCUCGUUUUCAAAUGCAUCAUCAACGCUUUAGCGGAUAGCAAUGGGCCAGCUUCAAAGAUCGGAACAUUGUGGGACAUUGAGAAGGAGACUCGUGUGCGGUGUCUCAAUUGCAACAUGGUCCAGUCCUCACUCAAUAGGUCCAACGCAAUUUCAGUGAUAAUCAAACAGAAUCUUCCUGAUGAUCUGCAGAGUUACAUCGACCAGUACUCGGACAUCACCCUGACGACGUGUGAUUACCAUUGCAAAGAAUGUCACACGAAAACCCAGGUCGAAAUCACAACGAGGGUUUUAUCAUUACCUCCGGUUGUGUGUAUGAAGAUCGAACGGGUUCAAAACAUCGGCAGAGAUAUAGCUCGUAUAGUCAAGACAGGGAAACGCUUCAGUUUCCCCGAGACUCUCGAUUUGAAAUACAUGAAGGAACCCACAGUGCCCGUGGAUACUGUAUACGACCUGUACGCCGUUGUAGCCCACAAUGGUACCCCAUACUGUGGACAUUACACAGCUUAUGUGCGGGAAGAUGGCAGUUGGUAUCUUGCAGACGACACUUACUUCAAGUCCUGCUCCUGGGAGGAUGUCAAGACUACCUACGAAUCCGGAACUAGAAAUGGGAGGAUAGCUUACAUGCUGAUGUACCGCAGAAACACAACCAAUACUGUACAAAUGUGA